AUGUCAGACUCGGAGGGGUGCCAGGAGGGUGCGGAAGGUGUCAACCAAGUGGGAGAUGAAUCCCUCGGGGAGAGUGAGAGGCUGACAGCGCAGUGGAGCGUGGAAGACGAGGAGGAGGCAGCAAGAGAGCGGCGGCGGCGGGAGCGGGAGAAGCAGCUGAGGUCCCAGGCAGAAGAGGGCUUGAAUGGCACUGGCUCCUGCUCAGAGAGUGCGGGUCCAGCACAGGAAAAUCACUAUGACUUUAAGCCAUCCGGAACUUCAGAGCUGGAGGAGGAUGAGGGAUUCAGUGACUGGUCCCAGAAGCUCGAGCAGCGCAAACAGAGGUCUCCACGACAGUCAUAUGAAGAAGAGGACAGUGGUGUGAGGGAAGCUGAAGUCAAACUGGAGCAGAUCCAGCUGGAUCAGGAAAGCCCGGAGGAGAUCCGGGAGGAGAACGUGGUUACUGGGGAAGAAGAGAGACCGUACCAAGAGGAAGAACGGGUCUGGGAGCAAGAGGAAGAGGAGAGAGCUGAGCAAGAGGAAAAGAAGAGAAGGAGAAAUGAAGAAGAAGAAGAAACACCAGAAAAACGCCAGAAGGCCCCAAGCCCUGCCAGCCUGGAAGAGGAGGAGCUGUGCUCUGACCACACUGCAGUGUGUUCCACAAAGGUUUGUACUGGGGCAUCACCUUAAUCCUCUUCUUGCUUCUCCAGUAACAGCAUAAAGAAGACCCAGCCUCCUCUCCCUGUGUCGAAGAUCGAUGACAGGCUAGAGCAGUACACGCAGGCUAUUGAGACAUCCACAAAGGCUCCAAAACCUGUCCGACAGCCCUCUCUCGACCUUCCCACCACGAGCAUGACUGUAGCCAGCACAAAAAGCCUCUGGGAGACUGGAGAAGUUGCAGCUCAGUCUGCCAUGAAGUCCUUGCCCUGUAAGGAUAUUGUGGCUGGAGACAUCGUGAGUAAAAGAAGCCUUUGGGAACAGAAGGGCAAUCCCAAACCCGAGACCAACAUCAAGUCCACUCCUUCUGGCAAAAAGUAUAAAUUUGUUGCAACAGGCCAUGGCCAAUACAAGAAGGUGUUGAUAGAUGAUGCUGCAGAGCAAUAGCGUGCCUGGAGAACUCAUUAAC